GUGUGUGUGUGUGUUCCAAGGAGUGGGGAAAAGGAGACAACCACUAGCUAAAGAAAGCAAGGAGAAAGAGAGGCAAGUCAACCAUAGUAAGAUAGAAAAAAGCCAACUAGCCGUGGCCGGUUGAAGGGCAUGGCGAGUAGAGUUUUUAAGCUUUGUCGAGUUGGUCGUGUUUUCGUAUUGUUUUUAUAAUUAGCCACAUACCUGGUUAAAUCCAGUUAAAACGCGAGGAGCAGCCUGCGACUGGCUCUGGUCCCUGUAAAGGACCCGUUGAACAGCUAGCUGGCUACAUGAUAUUUUGUUGUCGCUAGCUUAGCUUACAGGCUCCGAGGUAGCUCCAUUGCAAGAAGAAAUUGUUAAAAGUAAGUGGCAUCUGCAUUGAGAAAAUGAACUAUGCUGCAAGAGACUUCUGUGGAAGUAUGGAUGAUCAGACCCGGAUGCUGGCGGGUCUGGGAGCACUCGGCGGAUUAACACCAGCCGACGUUGGCGACCCUGACUCGGUUCGGAAGCAACAAUCCCUCGGUCAGCCUCAGCAGGACAUAGGGGAUAUUCUUCAACAAAUAAUGGCCAUCACAGACGAGAGCCUGGAUGAAGCUCAGGCAAGAUGCUGGCCAGAGGAGGCUUCGGCGCAGUGGGGCGGAACUGACGACCCCACUGAGGGAGGUGGAGCUGGGAGGGGCACGGCGGGGGGUGCCCUGCCGCUCAACUUCCAGCACAGGAAACAUGCUCUGAACUGCCACAGGAUGAAGCCGGCCCUCUUCAGUGUCCUGUGCGAGAUCAAAGAGAAGACUGUUCUCAGUAUCCGCGGCGUGCAGGAGGAGGACCCCCCGGAUCCCCAGAUCAUGCGUCUGGACAACAUGCUGCUGGCCGAGGGCGUGUCGGGCCCGGAGAAGGGUGGCGGGUCGGCGGCCGCGGCCGCCGCUGCAGCUGCGGCAGGAGGAUCCCCUAAUGAUGGCAGCAUCGAGCACUCGGACUACAGAGCCAAGCUGGCCCAGAUCCGCCAGAUCUACCACUCCGAGCUGGAGAAGUAUGAACAGGCAUGCAGCGAGUUCACCAACCACGUGAUGAACCUGCUGCGGGAGCAGUCCCGCACGCGGCCCAUCUCCCCCAAAGAGAUUGAGCGCAUGGUGAGCAUCAUCCACCGCAAGUUCAGCUCCAUCCAGAUGCAGCUCAAGCAGAGCACCUGUGAGGCCGUCAUGAUCCUGCGCUCACGCUUCCUGGACGCCAGACGUAAGAGGCGCAACUUCAACAAACAGGCAACGGAGGUGCUGAACGAGUACUUCUACUCACACCUGUCCAACCCUUACCCCAGCGAGGAAGCCAAGGAGGAGCUGGCCAAGAAGUGCGGGAUCACUGUCUCUCAGGUCUCUAAUUGGUUUGGCAACAAGAGAAUUCGGUACAAGAAGAACAUUGGUAAGUUCCAGGAGGAAGCGAACCUGUACGCGGUAAAAACGGCAGUGGACGCUGCCAAUGUGUCAGCGCAAGCUAGCCAGGCUAACUCUCCGGCGACGCCCAACUCAGGAUCGUCGGGCUCGUACAGCCUCUCUCACGCAGGAGACGCCUACCUCGGCCUGCGCUCACUCAACGGGGAGGGCCUUGCCGUCACCCCCUCUCUCCAGCAGCAGGUGGAUACCCUGCACCGUGCUACACACCUGACGGCCGGCUAUGAGGAGCUGUCAGGAAGUGGCCUUUUUACCCCACACAGCCUGGACGCUAACAACAGCUGGCAGGACACCACCAACCCCUCCUCCAUCACCUCUCCACCUGGGGCCCCUGGCAGCAUCCAUUCAGACACCUCCAAUUAAGACACAUGCUUUUCUUCCACACUCUCACACAGACACCCGCUGACACGUGCACCUGACUUCCCCUGUUAUUUCUCAACCCUUUCCACUCUCCUGGUGGUUUCUUCCACUCUGCCCCCAAACCACUGCCAUCUGCCCUGCUCCAACCCCCACUCCACCUCCUAUGCCCUCACCUCACCUCAACCCCCCAACCUCAAGAUUGACACUACACUACCCAUAAGCCAUCUGGACCAUCCCACCGGGCCGGGCAUGAUGGGGAAAAGCACACAAACACUCAACGCUCGCUCCAGAGGAACACAGCAGAGCAACAAAGCGCAAAAGGACAGGACUGCCUUCAUCACAGAGGGCACAACUCACACUGCUGGACCACAACAACACUCCUCCACAUACAGUGGAGAGAGAGAGAGAGAGAGAGAGAGAGAGAGAACAUACAGAGAGGCCUCUAGUUGUGAGCCAGAAAGCCACGUGCAACGCAAUGCAGCGUGGCGUAAAGUGAUGGUCGGGUCUCCCACCCACGACCACAGUGGGGUCCACUGGCCUGAGAUUAUCUGACUCACUCAUCAUCCAUGCACACACACACACACUCACUCACUCACUCUUACACACACACACACACAUAUACACACAUACACACCACACACACACAUUCAAACAAGGCAUCACCCUUUGUGGACUUCUUCUUCGUGGACUUCUGCAUUAGUUUGUGAGGGUGAAACCAGCAGGCGGCUGAGUCAGAGAUGCCCUUCAGCCUCGGGGAGGAGUCGGAAGCUCCCUCCAAUCACAGUGGACACCUCGCUCCCCUGGGUCCCACAGACACCACCAUAAUAACCGCCACGCUUGUACCAAAGUGCUGUCCAACAGUGGUCACCUCCUUCUGUUUUUCCUCACAGACCAACAACCACAGACACCCUCGAACUGACCACCCACGCAAGUUCUCCCGACAUCCUGUUCUGCUUGUUGCAAGUCAGUUCCUUUUUAACAGAGUUUCAAAAGAGAAAAAAAGAGAAAAGCUCAACGUAGCACUGUUAUUAUGUAAGUGAAGAGAACCUUUUAGUAUUGUAAUAAGGUUGUUUAAAGUACUUUUAUCAAACCUCUCGAUGCUUGUAAAUGGACACACAUACACACACACACACACACACACACAUGCACACACACACACACAUGACGUUUACAACAGCUGACAAUGAAAAUGUGUUAAGCACAAGUAUUUUUUCCAGCUAUUGGACCUCUUCCAUAGGACACACAGGUCAGGGCAUAGGAUGCUUUUGCUCAAAAAGAAAACAUAAGGGAGUGCUGGUGGUUGCAGCAGAACGUGUGUCAGACGUGGCGCUCACAGGCCGAAAAGACAGGAAAGUACUGUGCAGGAGGUUGGGAGAGGAGAAUGUAUAGGCUUUCUAUGGAAAUGUAUUUCUCUCAUUUUCACACUCACACACACACAAAUACAAACACAUGCGCGCACACACACACACACAUACACACUCUGCAGCCACCGUGGUCACUUCUGUUCAGUACUGUUUUGUAAUUCUUGGAUUUUUUUAUUUUGUUUUCAAAAAUAAAUGUAGUGUAAUGUUUUUUUGUUUUUUUGUUGUUUUCAUAAUAAUGCCCCAGCUACCAAAUACAAAAAAAGAACUACAUUGUAGAGUUGAGAAAAUCUUAAGGGUAGGGGAGACGUACGUGGGAGAUUUGAAUAGGGAAUGGGUUAAGACCAGAAGAAUGCAAUGUGUAAUUGUCUUCCAUGCAUGUAAACGUCUGUGUUUUUUGUGGUGUUCAUCGGACCUACUCAUCUCCAUUAGUUCACCGUUAACUUAGCUUUUUUUUUUCUUCUUUUCUUAAAAAAAAAAAACACUUCUGGAGAAGAGGUUGUAACACAUUUUUGAGAGGGUACUAAUGACAGACCAAAAAGGAAAAAAAAAAAAACUCAUCAUGCACACACACUGUACUGACUCUUAAGUCCUGCUGGCUGGUGUUUUCUGUUCCUGUUAUUUCAUCGAAUGGUUUCUGUUUAGGGUUCCCAAACAGGUAGCUGCAUCUGACCCCCCACCCCACCCCCCUUCCCAACAUGCAGGAGGCCACAGAUGACCGAUAAGCAGUCGUUACCUGUAUUGUUCCAAACCAAAAAUGUUUUCAGAUAUGUAAAUUAUGAUGACAAAACUGUGGUGCGUCUGUCAGUCAGAGAUACAGCUGGGGAGGCGAGGAGGUUUGUCAGUUUUGCAUCAGUGUAUGUGUUUGUUUGACUGUGUGUGUGUGUGUACGUACACGGUUGUGUGUGUGUGUGUACACAGUUGUGCGUGUGUGUGCGUGUGUGUGUCUGAUCUUACCUUACGUUGCUCUUGGUGUAAAGGUGGGUGGGAUGUUUUUUUUGUUGUGGGUGGUCUGGGAAAUAGAGGUGUAGGAAAGGUCGUUUGAUCACUCACCCCUGUGCUUUGAGUCGAUUGUAUCGUGUGUGCAAUGACAGCAUCCAUUCCACGAGAAGGCUCGCUGUCACUCUAGUCCUAACAGCUGACCCCAUGGCGGGAACUCCACUCUUUGUCUGUUAUCUAGGCCACUCAAACAAGGGCUUUUUCUCUCCUUUGAAUAUGAACCAAAAAAGAGCAGUACUGGGUGCGUGAUGAUUCAAGACUAGAGCCUAUACAGAAACACAAAUUCCACAUUUUUAUUUUCUCUUAACUUUUUUUUUUUUUGUUAACUUGUUAAGAAAAGUCAUAGUAGAACCAGAGUGUUUUGAUAUAUGAAUGACAAAUUCUACAAAUGACGCAAAGGACACUGAAAUGUAAAUUAGAGUUUUGUUCAUGGAUGACCAAACUCUGACAAGCUUUUCAAGGUAUUAGCCAGAUUUUGAUGUCCUCUGUUCCUUACUGUUACUUAAAAGCGUUUCAUAUGGCUGUCUUUUACAAGUCUUGCUGUUACUACACCAAAAUUAUCAUUUUCUUUUGUUUUCUACCAGUCGUCUGUGGGUGUCACUGUACAGAUUGUGGAAUGUUUCAACAUAUAUCUUUUUAUAUAAAGAUUCUGUUCUUUUCUUUUUUUGAGUUGCCUGGUUUGUUUUUGCCUUUACUCUGCAUAUGUGGUAGAGCAACAAUCUUUUAUUCUUUUUAAAAAAAAAAAAAAUAUUUUAACAGCUUAGAAUUUAAGUUUGACUGUGGAUUUUGGAGUGAUUAUGUUGCUUAUUUAGUGUGUUUUUUUGUGGAAAACUGAGUUUGCGUUUGGUGCAGUGAGAAACACUUCCUACACACAUAGAUUAGGCUCUUUUUUUUAAAUAAAACUACCACAAAUGUGCACUGUAGCAAUACUUUCUCCACAAGCAGAAAUCCAAAACUGCACUCAUUCACCGUAGAAUGUAGCUGAUGAAUUAACUUGUACAGGUCAGACAGAGUGUAGCUUUCAUUUUUGAAUUCUGACUUGUAACCUUUCUCUAAAUUGGACACUGAGGUUUGAUCAGUCACGUUUUAACAUCGUGAAUUUUCUUUUUUUGUCUUAAGUGUUGUGCUUCUUCAUAGUUUGGGGUCUAGCUUAAGUGGAUACAGUGUUCUUCUUUUAAAACUGAUGCCUGUUCCACAGUCACUGAGCUUGUGUUCACUGACAUCCUGCUACUCCUCACCUUAAAAAGCAUCUCAGUCUCUGCACUGUUCAAGUGGCUUCCCCUGCACCAAAUCAGAACUGCAUUGAUAGCGUUUUUAUACACUUUGUUUUAUUAGACUCUUAGUGUCUCCCUUCUUUCAUUCUUCUUUCUUCACCCCAUUCUUUUUCUUCUCUACCUCUCUCUCUCCAUUUUCUCUUGUAUAUAAAUCCCUCUGUUUUCAGACUGGUCAGUCUGUAAAAUCCUUUUAUACCUCAACUUUAGAACUGUUCUAGUAAGAGAAAAAUAUGAGAAAAUUGUAGUGUUCCUUAUUAGAAAUACAAAAAACUAAUAAAAUAAUCUAGUGUGCUUUUUAUCAUUUUGGGGUGUUUAUUUUGGGGAUGUUUAUUUGCUUGUUUUAAUGGGAACAAUGACCUUUAGUCACUACAACUAUGCUAUUGUGACUUACAAAAAAAAUAAAAAAUGUAUAAAGAA